UUACAGCUGGAAGCAGAUUUGGAACUAAAGACGACACGUUUACAAGGCAAAUAAAAGAAAAUAAAAAAAAAACCUAAAAAGACAUAUACUUGUCUUGCUCCAGUAAUGAUCAUUUCGCUUUUCAGAUGAGCAGCGAGGGAGGAGGAUCUCGUCGCAUCAGAUGGCUGCUAGGUUUCGGCUACUUCGUUCAAGGAUUCAGAGGUUUCCCAUGGCUCGGAGCCAAUUUCUUCCUCACCGACGAGCUCCGUGUCAACCCUUCAGUCUUGCAGCUUCUCCAAAACUCCGCUAAUCUCCCAAUGGUCGCUAAACCUAUAUACGGCGUCGUUUCAGACGCCGUCUACUUCUUCGGCCAGCACCGUGUCCCUUACAUCGCUUUUGGAGCGUUGCUACAAGCAGUCUCGUGGCUUGCGAUAGCUUUCUUAGCGAGAUCGAAUGUGUCGGUCUUAGCUUUAUCACUCUAUCUUCUCCUUAGCAAUCUCGGCGCUUCCGUGGUGGAAGUGGCUAACGAUGCUAUCGUCGCCGAAGCUGGAAAACAGAAGAACACCGAGCUGCCUUCGUUUGUUUGGAUGGCGUCUUCUCUCGGUGGAAUCCUCGGGAACCUAUUAGGUGGUAUCGCUAUCAAAACGGUCUCCUCUCGGUCAACGUUUCUAGUCUUCGGCCUCUUAGCUCUCCUUCAGUUCUUUGUAACUAUAAACAUCAGAGAAAAGUCUCUAAACCUUCCGGUGAAUCCAUCUCCACGUGGUGGUAUCAAGAACCACGUCUCCGACCUCUCGCGCGUGUUGAGGAAGCCGGAGAUCUCUUACUCCAUAGCCUGGAUGGCGUUAUCGACCGCUACGGUUCCUGUUCUGACCGGGACCAUGUUCUUUUACCAGACGAAGAUCUUAGGAAUCGACGCGUCGCUCGUGGGAGUCUCGAAAGUCGUCGGUCAGGUCGCGAUGCUGCUGUGGGGCGUUGCUUAUGACCGCUGGCUUAAAACAACUUCCCCGAGGAAACUGAUCGUUGCCGUUCAGGGAACGAUGGCUGUCUUCGUGGUGUCGGAUCUCUUGUUCGUGAGAGGCGUGUACAGGGGUAUGGGAGUGCCGGACUCUGUGUACGUGCUCUUUGUUUCGGGAGUGUUGGAGAGUUUGUUUUAUUUCAAGAACCUGCCUUUCACUGUGUUGAUGACGAGGGUGUGUCCUCGCGGGUGUGAAGGGUCUCUCAUGGCGUUUGUGAUGUCGGCUAUUGCGCUUGCUUUUAUAGUUAGUGGGUAUCUUGGGAUCGUUUUGGCGUCGUUUGUGGAAGUGACGGUGGAUGAUUACUCGGGGUUUGGUGGUGGACUGGCUGUGGAAGCGAUCUGCGUUGUGAUUCCACUGGUGUUCACGUCGUGGAUAUAUGAUGAGAAGGAAGCAGAGGAGAAGAGUAAAAAGAAAGAAUGAGUUCUGUUUCUCAUAGUCUGUCUACAUGGUCUUCUACUGUCGAUGGUAGUAGUAGAAGUAUAUAUCUAUCUUAUUAAAUUAGAAGUACCUAAAGGAUUUGUUUGGUGACAAGUAUAUCUAUUAAAAAAUCUUAUGCUUGGAAACA